CAUCAGAUCACAUCCAUCGGCUGCUUUGUCCCUUAGGAUAUCGGUGUUCUCUGCUGAGGCAGGAAAAUUACUUGGAGAAGUGUGCAGGAAAAUUACUUGGAGAAGUGUAAAAGCAAGAUCUUGAAAACUGCGUGUGCUUGGCUGUCCGUGGCCUAAGGGGAAAUGGAAGGGAUGAGAUCCCAGAUGGAGCGUGGCUGUUAAAUUGUGCACAUGACACGCAGCCCUGAUCCUGCUCCAGGCGCUGCCAGGAUCGCAUGGCUCAAAGUGACGCCUUGAUCUCCCAGUGAAGCCAGAAGGCUGGAAUUAGGAAGGCAGAGAAUGGAAUACACAAUGGCUGAUCCACACCUAGCGAGGCAGAAGCUGCAGAGGCACCUGGAAGCAGUGUCAGCACGGCAGCAGCUGGCCCUGCGCCGGAACCAGGCCCUGCGCCGGGAAUUCCUGCAGCUGGAGGCUCACAUGGAAACCACAGGCUGGGAGAGCAUCUGGAAGAUGGAACGGUACGGAAGGGAAAUUAAAAACCUGUUAUCCCUUCGAGAGGGCAGCUUGUCAGCAGGAGGUGGCAAGGAGGCAGGACCCAGCAAGCAGGUGCUGCAGGCCGGAGGACAGGUGGGAAUUGGCACCAAUGCAGCCGUGCCAGGAGAACUGGGCUAUCCAGCAGCAGCCUUGCAGGGCUGCCCCACCUCAGCUGCCCCAGCCCCAGGAGGUUUGGGCUCUGAGCAGGAGCCCCCUCUGCGCUCCCCAUCCCCUGAUGGGCUCAGUGUCAGUCCCGAGACCGGCAGCGCUGCUGGAGAGGGUGAGGAGGGAGCAGCAGGACACGGGGACCUGGCUGCCAGCGAGGAAGGCUCUGAGCAGCUCAGCUCAGCUUCUGGUGCCAAAGCAGCCCCACCAAGGGCGGGAAGUGUUCCAGGGGCAGAACCUAUCCUGAGCAGCUGGUGGGCUCACAGGGAGGGGAGCAGUGCCAAGCUCCCAGUCCCUGCCGGUGCUGAGGAGGAGGCGAGGCCAAGCAUUCCCAGCCUGCAGCAAAAACAGGGCAGGGAUGCCCAGGCUCCAGAGGGCUCCCUGCUGCCCCCACUGAACCCUCCUGCAGCCCAGGAGGAGCCCUUGGACAGCUCAGCACCACACAGGUCCGGCGGGAUGCGAGCCGAGCUCCAGGAGCUCUGCCAGGCGCUGCAGCUCCUGGAGGGGCUGGUGGAGAGGAUGAGCCCCCGGCACCGGGCGCUGUACCAGGGCCAGCCCUCGGGGACAGUGGAGCUGCCCAGUGCUUGUGCUGGGCCCAGCGGGCUGGCUCAGGGUGACCUCGAGGUGAUGGAAGCCGUGGUGCUGCGGCAGCUCCAGGCCGUGUCCCAGUCCAUGCAGAGUGGGAGCCUCCCACUGGAGAACACCAACGAGGCCGUGGGCAGAGCAGGGCAGGAGGAGCACACCAGGGACACGGACACGGUGAGGACUCUCCUGAGCCACCAUGGCUUGUUCCUGAAGCAGCACCAGGUUCAGCUCCCAGAGCAGGUGGCAGAGAUGUUUGAGCAGCUGCUGGCUUCAGGAGAGGAGGAGCAGGAGCGCCAGACUGUGCUGAGAGAGGCCCUUCCAGGAGAGCGUGGGGAUGAGCCACCUGUGCAGAGUGAUGAAUCCUCUCUUGGCCUGCCAUCGAUCCCGACCAACGGCGGGGAAGGAAAGCAGGGGGAACUGGCAUGGCAAGAACGAGGUGGGGAUCACAGCCACGACAGUCCUGAAGGAAGUGACAGUUUGGGAACACAUUUGGAAAGCAGCUCCUUGUCGAAUGGAAGUGCUCCUCUCUUCUUCAGGACUGAAUUGCGGAAGGAAACAGUACCUGCCAUAAAAUCCAAAGCAGAUCAAGAAGAAGAAAUGCAUAAAAUGUCCAUUUGUAAUUCAGCACAUUUUGGAACAGAGCAGCAUUUACAUGUGGCAAGCCCCAGUGCUUUCCUGCUUUUCCUUGCUUUGUGAAAUCCAUGCUGGCGUUGCUGUGUGGACAUCACAGUAAUUGGAUGACUCCAGGAGCUUCAUGCAUUUUUAAUUUUCUUCUUUUCAUUCCUUUUAUCUAAAAUUAAGUUCAUUAAACAUGAGAUUUUCUUUGGGGGGGAGAAACCAGGGGACAUGUUAAAGCUGUUCAUAAAUGAUGACGAGUUCAAAAGCAGAAAGCAGCACCCCAAUUAAGCUGUGCUGUGCUGCAGCCCCACAUCUCCCAACAUGGGCACCAAUCUCUGCACCCCAUCCCUCAAAACCCAGCUAGAAAUGGGAACAGCAUUCAGUUUAAUAAGAGGAACUUGUAAGCUGAGAGCUCAACAGCACAAAAUGACUUGCAGAAGGCUUGGAACAGAGCAAGAGCCCUUGGCAAAGCUGGCUGCUGUGGGUUUCAGUCUGCCAUCAGUGAAGCUGCAGCCUGGAAUGUUCUGGGAACUGGGAAAUCUGCACCAAGGAUGAAACAGGGUGAGUCUGUGACCAGGGCUGACAUCCUGGGAGACUGCUGGGCUCGACUAAAGGACUGCAGCAACUGACAGAAUGAGAGGACAGUCAAGCUGCGCCAAGGGAAAUACAGGCUGAAUAUUAGGAAAAGCUUUUUUACUUUAAGAGUGAUAAAGUACUGGAAUGAUCUGCCUGGGAGGUGGUGGAGUCACCAUCCAUGGAUCUGUUUAGAAAAAGACUUUAUGUGGCACUUAGUGCCAUGGUUGAGGUGUUAGUGCAUGGGUUGGACUCUGAUCUCGAAGGUUCUUUCCAAUCUAGUGAUUGUGUGAUUCUGUAACUAAACCAGAUUUUACUGAGGGGUUCAAUGUCCUUUUUACCACACCAGCUCCCCGUGUCCUGUGGGACUGCUGCCUUCUGCCUGUGCUGUGAGGUGGGUAUCUUGCUCAAGGCCUGGGAGGAGUGUGGAGAGGAGGAGCAGCAGCCCCACUGGAAAAAUCCAGCAGCCUGCAGUGCCAAGGGACAUUUCCUCAGCAGCGCAGUGUCUUCGAGCUCUGAGCUCCUCCUGAGUGGCUCUGGGCUGCUGAUGUCAGCCCACUUUACUGCCUGACAUCAGUCUGUGGGGCUCUCCACCGCCCCGGUCCGGCUCAGCCCUGACAGCGGCCCGUGACAGGUGACAGAUGGCUGCAGAGCCACAUGCAGGCAAUCUCUGCCUCUUGGUGUGGGAGCGAUAGCCGGGCUCUUCUGCAGCGUUAUUCGUGAUACACUUAUUGUGCACAGACUCAUUAGAUGCAAAACAUCCUGCCAGUCAACUUCCCCGUGCUCCUUCACAGCUGUCACCCCGGCCCUGCUGGCAGGUGACGCUGACGGACAGGGGCACUGGAAUCAACACACCCCCAGCAGAUUCCCAUCAGCACACCACUCAUCCCAGGAAAGUGCCUGAGCAGGAAAACCUUCCCUGCUCCUUCCUGCCCAGGGUGCGCCACUCUGUGCUGUGCUCAUGGAUGUGCAGGUGGCAGGUGAGACCUGGGCUCACCACCCAGAGCAGCUCCUCGUGCUCAGACCAACUUUUCAAGGAAUUGUCUGCUGCAGUAUUAAUUUUUCCAGCACUUGUUUACCCAAGCAAUUAUAAGAUAAGAUGAUUGCCUUUCAUUUGCGUCCGCCAGCCUUCUAUUUUCUUCGUCAUUAUCAGAAAAACAACUGAUUGCCCAUCAAUACAAACAAAAUGUUCAUACUAAGCUGGCGUGAUCCCUACAAAAUUCUGGGAGGAGAAGCACUGGAAGGAAUACAAUAGGAAGCUUCAAUCAGGGAACAUUUUGUAAGGAACAGAUAAAGGACAAUCUUCAGCUGAUACCACAGGUGUGGUGCCACUACAAAGUUGCAGGGGAAAUUUAUUCAAGUCACAGCUUUUACUGAGAGGAGCGACAACAGAAAACGGCUUAACAACAGCCAAGUGAGGAUAAGAAUAAUGAGAGACACAAUAUCGAGUUAAUUUAUUCUACAGCGAAUUAGCCAGGUACCAAGGUUCCCCUCUGCUCCCCAAAUCGGCGGCGUUGACUCAGCAAGCACUGCUGAGGUUUUGUUAUUUUUGUUAAUGGCUCCCGGGCCGCUGUUCCCUGUCCUCGGCCCUGUGGCUGCCCUGCUAACGGAGCUGAUGUGCGGCAACGGGACACGGCGGAGCAAAACCCACCUCGUGCUAAUCCCGUUUAAUUCCCGGCCGUUUAAUUCCAUUUUGGUGCCGUCAAACAGGCACAAAUUAACAGUGUUUGCUUAUGCCACGGGCAGAGCAAGGGGACGGCAGCUCUUUGCCUCGUGUUGGUCUCAGGAAUCACAUGGAGACAUUUCCCACUGAGGGAAAUGUCCCCUCAGAGGGCACAGAGCAGCCGUGCCCUGAAUCGCUCCUGCUGUUGCCAAACACGGGAUGAGUCAAAAUUGUCUGAAGUCAGGACGUUCUUUAAUGUAAGAUCUUUGUAUAUUUUCAUGCAGAGACCUCAUUAGUGCAUCCCUUCCUCAAGGACACCCUGGAACCACCAAGCCUUAAGGAUGUAGUAAAUCCAGAUGUUGGCGCCUAUGUGUGUACUCCUAACUUGGCAAAACACCCAAAUUCCAUGUAUCCUAUAUCUGAACUAUUUGUUGUAACACUGCAACUCACGCCUACAGCUCAAAAAGAGGUGCAGACCUUUCCCCUGAGCAGGUGGAAGAGUUGGCUGGGGUUACAUAACUCAUGUGGAAAUUACUGAUCAAUCCUAAAAGGGGCUGUGCUCGGGAAAUUGCCAGCUGUGGAUUUCUGAGUGUAAGAAACAGAGGUUGUGCUGGAUUUAGGGAAUAUAUUGAGCAUGCAGCUCAUGCAGCGCUGAAAUAAAUCAUCGAUUUCUCUCUUAAUUAUUGGCUUGUUGGGCAACACUGCUGGGUGUGUGCAGCCUAAAGCACCCCACUGUCACCCUGAAUUUUAAAGAUUUUCUAAGCCUUCUGAUGUUUACAUUUUUAUAACAAACUUUCUCACACAGUUUCUGUA